GGGAUAUGAGUGCCGGCGUCGCGAGGGGAGCUGCUGGCAUUUCUCCUCUGUCCCUGCUCUCCUGGCCUGGUGGGUCUCUGCGCGGGGACCUGGGGAGACCCCUCGGACGGGAGUGGAUCCUGUGACCUCAGCCCCGGCUGGAGAAGUCUCGUGUCCAUCACCUCAUGCGCUGCGUGUGUCCAUAAAGCCGUAUCCCGUGCUGCCCGGCAGAGAGCUUCAUCCCAUCCCAUCCAUCUCAUCUCAUCUCAUCUCACGGUCCUGGCACUGCCUCAGCAUGGCCAUCUCAUCACGCCUUGCCCUGUGGGAGCAGAAGAUUCGGGAAGAGGACAGGAGCCCUCCACCAUCCUCGCCCCCUCCCCUUUUCUCUGUCAUCCCAGGGGGCUUCAUCAGGCAGCUGGUCCGGGAGACUGAGAAAGAGUCGAAGGAAGCAAGACGGAGGAAACAGGCAGCGCUUGCCUCCCCGGAACGAGAGACCUCAGAGAUUUCCACCAGCCAACCCAACAGUGGCACCAAAUCUGGAAGCCAGCACAUCUCCCAGGACGACCAGUCGAGCUCUCCUCAGAGCCCAGACAUUCUGGGCAAGAAGAGCGAGGGGGCCGGCACCGUGGACCCGGUACUGAUGACCAGUAUCAAUGGCGAGAAGCCCCAGGAGUCGGGCCCCAGUGUGACACCAGCCAAAAAAAGCCUGCCCUUCAGGAGAGGGAUGAGGAGGGGCGAUGUGUUGCUGAUGGUGGCCAAGCUGGACCCGGACUCAGCCAAGCCAGAGCAGAGGACCCAGCCCCGGGAUGGCCCUGCUUGCAAGACCCCCGCCACAGACCCUGGAGGGGAGAAAAAGGGGGAGACCCCAGGGACUCCUUGUGGCCCCCAGGCCGGCACCAAGGAUGCAGCUCUGAAGGCUGAGAUGACCCAGACCGGGGAUCUUGGGAACCCAGGAACUGUGCUACUGACCAAAGGCGAGAAGGAUCAAGACACAGUGGGGAAAGGGAGCGGGGCCCCCCAGACGAAAGGGGCGAAAGGGGGUGAGCCCCAGGGCAGAGAGGGGCUGGGUGAGGGGGGGCAACUGGGGGCAGCGGAGAAAGGGAGAGGGGACCCCCCAAAGAAGGGGGCAAAGUGGAAUUUCUCCAAGGCUGCAGCAGGUGAAGGGAAGUGGGCUGGGGCCCAAGCCCAGGUGAGGAAGUGGGGAGGCUCCCUGGGCAGAAAGAGCAGGUGGGGCGGUCCCCAGAGUAAGAAGGAUGAAGAAGGUGCGCUCCGAAGUAAGGCGGACAAGACAGACGAACCUCAGACAAAGGUGGAGAAGACGGGCACAGCGCAGGGCAAUGGGGGUGAAGCUCCGGGAGCCAUGGAGAAAGCAGGCGAGCCUCGGAGCGGGACUGGACAGGCAGGUGGGCCCCAGGGGAAGAUGGAAACGGUGGGACAACCUCAGAGCGAGUCUGGGGAGGCAGGUAAAGCCGGGAGUGAGACAGAGAAGGACUCUAAAGCCCCCAAGGAGGUGGAUGCACGUGGAGAGACCCCAGUUACAGCUGGGAAGGAGGACCAGCCUGAGGGCAGAGGGCGGAAAGCAGAGGAGGCCUGCGCUAGAGCAGGUGAUGGGGCUGGGGCCCCGGAGAUGGAGCCGCAAGGACCCGGACGGCCUGCUCUGGAGAAGCGUGAGGAAAGGCCUCAGAGGCAGGAGAGCCGAGAGGGGCCAGCCCUGCAGGAGGGGAGCAGAGGAGGCCAGAGCGGAGUCUCAGACCAGGCUCCUGAGGACAGAUGGUAUGAGGCGGAGAAAGUCUGGCUGGUUCAGAAGGAUGGAUUUACUCUUGCAACGGUGCUGAAGCCAGACGAGGGAACAGCCGACCUGCCGGCAGGAAGGGUGCGACUGUGCAUUGAUGCCGACAAAAGCAUCACUGAGGUGGAUGAGGAUCACGUCCAUCGGGCCAAUCCCCCCGAGCUGGACCAGGCCGAGGACCUGGCCUCCCUGGUCAGCGUCAACGAGUCCAGUGUGCUGAACACGCUUCUCCACCGCCACCGGGCUCGGCUCCUGCACACCUGCGCUGGGCCCGACCUGAUCGUCCUUCAGCCCCAGGGACCCACGGCGCCCUCUGCAGCCAAGGUGCCCGGGAGCUGCCGGGAUGGCCUACCCGCCCACGUUGGCUCCCUUGCCCAGCGGGCGUACUGGGCCCUGCUGAGCCAGCAGAGGGACCAGAGCAUCGUGGCCCUGGGCCGGAGUGGUGCUGGCAAGACCACCUGCUGCGAGCAGGUCCUGGAGCACCUGGUGGGGAUGGCAGGCAGUGUGGAUGGCAGGGUCUCAGUGGAGAAGAUUCGAGCCACCUUCACUGUCCUCCGGGCCUUUGGCUCCGUGUUCACUGGCCAUAGCCGCCGUGCCACCCGGUUCUCCAUGGUGAUGUCACUGGACUUCAACGCCACAGGCCGAGUCACGGCCGCCCAGCUCCAGACGAUGCUAUUGGAGAAGAGCCACGUGGCUCGGCAGCCGGAAGGGGAAGGCAAUUUCGAGGUUUUCUCCCAGAUGCUAGCCGGAUUGGACCUGGAUCUCAGGACAGAACUGUACCUGCACAAGCUGGCAGACAGCAGCUCCUUCGGCAUGGGCGUGUGGCCUAAGUCCCCAGGUGAUGCUGAAGCUGUCCAGGGACCCCGCUUUGAGAACCACUGUAGGUGAGUCUGUUUCGACAGUGAGUGGAGUGGGAUGGAGUGAGGUGAUGCGGCUCCCCCAGCUUCACCUGCCUGACACCCCCCUCCGACGGGGGGGACUUGCAGUAUGUUGUUCUUUCAUGCCUCUUCUCCCCCUGGUUUCCGGCCCCUAGGAGCCCAGACUGGCCCCAGGACGGCAGGGGAUGCGAGGCUAUCCCAGUGCUGGGUUUUCUUUAAUGAGGUUGGGCCACAUGUAUCCAUUUGAAUCAGCAAGAGCGUUGUUUGUUUUCUUGGUUUUGAGGAGGAGAAGGGCUCAAGCCAGGCCCUCGAGCAUCCCAGCCUGACCUGUUUGUUCACAGUCUGCAUACAGGAAUGGGGCACAGUGUGAACCCAAUCAAGGAGGUGUUUGAAGUGGCUUUCUUUUUUCGUGUGUUUCUGGGGGUUGUUUUUUUAGACCAGUUGAUCUGUGGGAACUGGUAGGGUAUUUCUUUGUUCUCACCCUGCUACCUGGCAGGUACGGAGAGUGUUUUCUUUGUUCUCUAAGAGCAAAAAUACAAGCUGGAAAUUCGUCGGUCUUUGAUACAAGCCUGGGCUAGUUUUCUGGGAUUGGACCAUCAGGUACUGGCUCAGUGAAGGAAUUUGGUGGUCAGGAAAUCACCCCAAGAAUGAGAGUUGCUAAGUACAAGCCCCCGAAGUCGCCAGUCAGCAAAUAAAAAUAUGGGAUACCUAGACCAUAUUCAUCUUGUAAUUGAUCCAAUAGCAUGGUGACUAUAGUUAAUAAUCCUGGACUUACUGUACAUUUGAAAGAUCCUGGGAGAGUAGAACUUAUGUGUUCUUACCACACACCAAGAAACGGUAACUAUGUGAGGUGAUGGGUGUAUUAAUUAAGUUCAUUGCGGUAAUCAUUUUACAAUGUUUAUGUGUCCUCACAUUGCACACCUAAAAAUAUAUAAUUUUUAUUUGUCAAUUAUAAUUCAGUAAAGCUGGAAAAAAUACACGAUGCCCGGUUAAAUUCGAGUUUCACAUAAACAUCAAAUACAUUUUUUUAACUUAAGUGUGUCCCAAAUAUUACGUGGGCAGGCCUGGAGGGUUGAAGCUGUAUCAGAGAGGGCUACCUGGAGGAGGUGAGUACAAGCUGGUCUUGGACUGUGAGAGAAGUUAGGCAGGUGCAGUGAGGCCAGCCUUCCUGCUGCACCGAGCUCCCGAUGCAGAGGCAACAGUGGGGGAGAGCCAGCAGUGCAGUGGUUGCAGAGCACAGGGUGAGGGUGUGGGCCCGGGGGGCUGUCAGCUGGAGCGGGGCCAGGUUGUGGGGAAGCCGGCCCUCGGGGUGGUGCUGGCCCUCCGUGGCCGCCUUCGCUCACUGAUGGCCAGCUUCCCCUCCUGGUCCCUGCGCUGCGUCAUCCCUGCCUGCCACAUUUCAGCUUUUACUUACUUACUUAUUUAUAAAAUUUAUUUAUCUUAUUUUUGGCUGCAUUGGGUCUUCAUUGCAGCGCGCGGGCCUCUCACUG